CUACCUUAUUUUGAAAAGACCGCAUGACCGGAAGUCAUAUUUUGUCACCCUGGGAGGGAGGACAGCUUAGCAAAGCUUGCAAAUUGAUGAGUUAUUUAAUAUAAAAGAAGGGAGGAUGAGCAGCUCAGAGGAGGUGUCCUGGAUAUCGUGGUUCUGUGGACUCAGAGGGAACGAGUUCUUCUGCGAGGUUGAUGAAGACUACAUACAGGACAAGUUUAACCUGACGGGGUUGAAUGAGCAGGUGCCUCAUUACCGCCAGGCUCUGGAUAUGAUUCUUGACCUGGAGCCAGAUGAGGAGCUUGAAGAUAAUCCAAACCAAAGCGAUCUGAUAGAGCAGGCAGCAGAGAUGCUGUACGGCCUUAUACAUGCACGUUACAUCCUCACAAACAGAGGCAUUGCACAAAUGUUGGAAAAGUAUCAACAGGGGGAUUUUGGCUAUUGCCCCAGAGUGUAUUGUGAGAAUCAGCCAAUGCUUCCGAUUGGUCUAUCAGAUAUACCGGGAGAAGCAAUGGUGAAACUUUAUUGCCCAAAGUGCAUGGAUGUGUACACCCCUAAAUCCUCCAGGCACCACCACACGGAUGGAGCGUACUUUGGCACGGGGUUCCCUCACAUGCUGUUCAUGGUGCACCCAGAGUACCGCCCAAAGCGACCCGCCAAUCAGUUUGUGCCAAGGCUGUACGGGUUCAAAAUCCACCCAAUGGCUUAUCAACUCCAGCUUCAGGCAGCAUCAAGUUUCAAGAGCCCAGUAAAGGUGAUUCGCUAGAAGCCAUCUUUGACAAAGACAGUGGACUCAGAGACUUUGUUGUUUACAACUUGCGUAAAGCAAUGGGUUGUGUAUAACCAAUAAAUACCUGUACAGUUCUCCAAACUCACCUCUGUGUUGAUAAGCACUUUCAGAUUCAGCCAUUUCCUCUCCUUUCGGAGGCAGUUACAGUUGAGCAGUUUUUAAUUAUAAUAAUUAAUUAUUCAUUAAUGGUUGAGCUCCAGACAUGUGGUUCAACCUUAACUGAUGUCAGUCCGUCUUUUCAAAAUAAAGGUGUUUCUCUUUUAGAUUGAAAAGUGACUUUUACUCAGUGAUAAUGAAAACUGCAGUUUGCUUUGCGGCUUAAUUGAAUGUAACAGAAUGUCUCACCACCAGCCCCAAGAGGUUUGCCUUACCAGUGGUUAAGCCUCAUGAAAAUGUAACUAUCAAAUCCAGAACACAUGUAGGAAUGUGCUUAGAUGUUGCUCUUGUAAUAUGUGCAAAUAUAAUCAGGUGCUCUUACCAACAACCAGUGAAUACCAAAUUAGAGAGACAAAGAAAAGAAAAAAGGACCUAUGCUUGUUUUAAAUGUUACUCCUCAGUUUCAUGAGAUAUAGUGGCAGUGUAUUUGCUUGUUUAGACAGCUCUAACAAUCAUUUCCUGAUGGCUCUGUUUGUAUAUGUUUAAAUAAUGGGAUAACGGUCUAGACCAGGGAUGUCGGAACAUAAGGCUCUGGGGCCAGAAGUGGCCGGCAAAGACUCCAAUCCGGUCCACUUGAACUUUCAACUCUAUUUUCAUAAAUUUGGCAGCGUUUCUUAUUGAUAAAGAUCUCCCAUUCAUAAUAAAUCACAAUGAUUAAUAAUUACAUAAAGGUUUGUUUUUCCACUAUAUACUAUGAUUUGGGUUUUUUGUUUUGUUUUUUGUAGGUUUCUGUGAAGUUAUGAAAACUUUAUAUUGUAUAAUUACAGAAUAGUCUGGGCAAUGAACUUCCAGAACUGCUGUAAUUUUAAACAUCCAUCAGUUUCAUUGAUUCAGCUGAUUUAAGAUCAAAGUGGGCUGACUUUGUAAAAUGAGUUUGACAUCCCUGAUCUAGACAGAUGUGACUUUCUUUUUUUUAAGAGUUUGGUAUUGAACGUGCAACAUCCACUGCAAAACAAGUAACUGGCAUUAAAUAUUUAUUUCUUAUCAAGA